AUCGCUCCUCCCUCGCUGCCUCGCUCGCUCGCACGCCCAGCGACCCACUGCAGCGGCUUGCGGUGAUUAUUUGGCCCGUACUACGCCACAGCUGAAAUCCGCAUUGAUUUUGGCGCAGCUUUUUGUUUGGUUGGCCCAGCGAGUUGCUCUUCAUCCUCCGCCAUCAUCUGCUCGUCCCGGUGGAAUCGAUAGAGGCUGCGCAUCGCUUUUUUUUCGGCGCUGCCGUGGGACCCAGCUCGUUCGUUCGACGGUGGCCUUUCUCUCUGACGUGUGUCUUGUAUCGCCGCGAGGAAAACCCGGAAGGAGCGUGCGUAUUUUCUGUGAUAACACUCGCCGUCGUCGACUGCCGCCACUGAGUCGUCCCCGCGCCAAUUGUUGUCCCUGGAAUAAGGAUGCGCUUGCCGCCCCUUGGAUUCUGCUGCUAGAGCAUGGCGUCGCAGCGGAGCCGCUGCCUCGUCGUGGUACUGCCUGCCCAGCGGCCUGCAACCGAUGGUGGCGUGCGGCAUACCGGCCAGCUGUAGCCUUCCCCAGCUCUCACGGGACUGCAUGCCUCUGGAUGAAUUCCAUCCAUUCAUUGAGGCCCUCCUGCCUCAUGUGAAGGCCUUCUCGUACACCUGGUUCAACCUCCAGGCGGCCAAGCGCAAGUACUUCAAGAAGCACGAGAAGCGCAUGAGCUUGGACGAGGAGCGCCGCUGCAAGGAAGAGCUUCAGGGGGAGCGUCCAGAGGUGAAACAGAAGUGGGCCUCUCGGUUACUAGGCAAGCUUCGCAAGGACAUCACGCAGGAAUGUCGCGAAGACUUUGUGCUGGGCAUCACGGGCAAGCGGCGGGCCGCCUGCGUCCUAAGCAACCCUGACCAGAAGGGGAAGAUGCGACGCAUCGACUGCCUACGACAGGCCGACAAGGUAUGGCGCCUAGACCUGGUGAUGGUGAUCCUGUUCAAGGCGGUGCCCCUGGAGAGCACUGAUGGUGAGCGGCUGGAAAAGGCUCCUGACUGCCACCACCCUGCCCUGUGCGUCAACCCAUUUCACAUCAACGUGUCCGUCCGAGAGCUCGACCUCUACCUCGCAAACUUCAUCCUCAGCCACGAGGCCCUUAGUGGCUUACGGGAUGCCGUCUGUGAUGGGGAAAAAGAGGACGAUGCUGGUGACGCAAGCAGCAUUCUGGCUACUGGGGUGUUCACAUCUGCCGAGCUUUACCGGCUCUCCAAAGCGCGGUGUCUCUCUGAAAUGAAGGAAGAUUUCCUGGAGCGACAAACAAUGGCCUUUGUCUUUGACAGCUCCAGGAGCAGUGGUUCCGUUCUUCAAGCAUCGAACGGGGGCCAGCCAGUCAAACUGGAGCCACCGUACUACGGCUACGCAUCGCCUCCGGAUCCGACCCCAGCUUUGCAGCCAACUUCUGUGGGGGUGGGGCUACUGCGUGCGGCCAGCCCAAGUGAUGGUGCUCCACCACGCUGCAAGCGGCUGCGGAGGCUGCCCUCUGCCGAGGAGGAUGCGGCCACGGCCGGAGGAGGAGCCGGACACUUCUACACCGGCCCGUGGCCUGACGUUGAUCACGGACCCCUGAGCUCGCCGCAUGCCAAAAUAAAGAUGGAAGCCUUCGCCCUGGCCCGAGCCGAACCCAAGCCUACGCACCCAAGAGUAGCAAGUGGUGCGAGCAGUCCCUUAGGAGGACCUCCACUAGGUGGGCCUUCAUACUACCUACACCCAGCAGGAAAGUACCAGGAAAAUGGCGACACCUUCUCCGACUUCGUCAACCUCGUCUGCCAAGAAGCCCACAACUCCGGCACACAGGCUAGCCCGGAUCCGGGUGUGCGUGGCAGUCCCUCCAAGCUCCCACAGUUCUACUCGAGCUCCAUGCUGCCACCACCUCCGCCAGCCCCAAUGGCACGGCCCGUCGCUAUCAUUCGGUCCACUGGCCCAAGCAGUCAGCCACAGCCACAGAGCAGUCCACCUAGCGUGGAAGGGGCUCGGCCGGAAGACAGUGGCCCCAAGGAGGACACAGCCAGUCCCGGAGGGGCCUGCAGUGUUGGAGGUGACUCGGUCGUGACUGCCACAGUCCGGACAUCUUCCAGUCCUUUCUUGGCUCGGUCGACUUCUGAGCACACGUUCGGCCACAUCCACUCCCAAGGACAGCUCUUCUCGUACCCUGGUGCAGCAGGGGGUGGCACAACGCUAUCGUCAACAGUGCUGAGCUCGCCGGGCGUGGGAGGUCUUCUCGCCUCCCCGAGAUCGGCACGAACGACCACGACGCCCGCAUCUAUGCCUCCGCGCUGGAACCCGCCGUUCAUCGCGCUCGAUGAAAAUAUGGACUACCAGAUGAUGGCGGGCCUCCUUCCCCCAGCCGGGGCUCAGGCCGCUCCCGACAACUCACUCAUGGGGCCAUCCCACGAUGACGAGCGCUUCUUCUCGGUGGCCAGUGGAGAAGCCGAAGAGACGUCUAAGCCGUCCUGAGCUCAAGGGGUCCCCCAUCCUUCCCAGACUUGGGUGCCAAGGCCAGAAAGACAGGACGCAUUGCUUCUCUUGUGAUAGGCAGAGACUUGAUUGUUGUACCAUAGCCCUUUUUAGACAUACUGCUCUGUAGCUCAUUUUUUCAAAAAGGAGUGACAGGAGUAAGGGCUUUUUUUACAAGCUCCACGCUAGAGACAGUUAUAUAUAUAUAUAUAUAUAUAUAUAUAUAUAUAUACAACGUUAUAGCAUAUUAUACACACAUAUUAUAUAUAUAAUGCAUAUACACAUGCAAACAACACACAAAUUAUGUAAUGAAUUGUUGCCGGGCAUCUUGUGUAGAAAUGGCAUGCAAGCUUUCCGUUAUUCGAUUGAGUUUCUUCUUGGCCAUAGCCAGUUUUAGAAGUUGCCACAAGUCUUCAGAGUCACAACAACAAGUACGCCUAUGAACUUUUGCUACAAAUCUAUGCAAACUGGGAGCCCCAGCCUUUAUGACUGAGGCGCACCCUGCUCAUGUUAAGGCAAUAAUUUAGCUUGGUAAAACACAUUGUCACUUGUACAUAGAGCCAGUAGCGCCCAGGAAGAAAUCCUGGUGUGCAUCAUCACGUUUCUCGCCGUUGCUCGUCUCCUUGUAGAGGGACACAUUUUUUUCUUUUGUUUUACUCUAAGCUGUACACGAACACACAAACACAAUUGCACACAUACGUCUGUAUAUACGGCCAUGUGUACAGCCAGAACAACAUAAUAUAUGAGGGACAAGCUGGGGGCAACUGGCGAGGUCGGCAGUGGCGCCUAGACCCGGCUGUCCGGUUCCGCUUUGUUUACUUCUUUCUUUCGUUUUUUCGUCGCCGUUGUGCUCUGGCGUCAGAUUAGUUUUGUCAGUGCCUUCUUGCGAAGGGCGGCUUCGUCCUCAGCGGCCGCACAGUGCCAUUGUUUUGCGUGUUUUUUUCCACCCCCAUUUUCCCAUUUUCGCCUGCAGAGGGCGCGCUAGUACAAAAUAUCCAGAGGGCGCCCCCUGCUAGACCCUCUGCCCCUCUCCAAGUUGAGUGUGCGUGCCAAUUUUAUUUCUCGCCGUAGCCUUAUGCAAGGGGCGCUUGUCGAGCUCUUUUGCUGUUGAUAUUCGCUAGAUUAGAUGUGCCUUUAAAAAACGGAACUUUGAUGCUGCAUGUAAACAGCAGCACUCGACGGGCUUUCUGUCUAUGUCUCGGCACGCUCUCCAUGCUCAUACUUAUGUCGAUGCACUCGUUUUAAAGAAACAAAAGCCCAAAGCCGCCGUUCUGUCGCCCGCUGUUCACACUACAGGAAUCUCUGUAGUGUCUGUCAUUGCUGCUGCUGCUCGUUUUUGGAGUUUUUAGUUUUUUUAUCUUUUUUUUAUCCCACUGUUUUAGGCCUCACUUGUUCGUGUGGUUGCAGAGGGCCGCAUCAUCUUUGUGUACUGUACGUCAAAGCUGAUGAGCGCUUGCAUCAGAGCCAUAUAAAAGCAGCAGAAGCCACUGUUUCUUUCUGCUGAUGCAUCGUGCGUUGACUUACAUGACAUCUGAUUUCAGUCAGCCAAAAUAGAUGCUAUGAUUGUAUGCUUUAAAACUUUUUAUCUUCAUGCUUUUUCAGCCUUUCUUGUCUCAGCGUUGAAAAUGAUGAAGUGAUGAGGAGCGCAACUCCCUAGUAGCACGCAUUGCUACUGCUGUAAUGUUGCAGCAACAAUGAGGCAGCACUGUGGCAAUGCUGUGUUAGCACUUGGUGCUACUAGGGUGGUUGUCAAGUAACUGGCUGCCUUAGUUGUGGGCUGCUGUAUAUUUGAGGCACCCCGUAUUUUUGUGACUUCAUUGAAUUGCACUAGCAUUGCUUGGACAGCUUGUUUAUAGCUGUGUUCUUUUAAGUCUUCAACUCGUUGUAGCAUCGGUAGUUCGAUAGAGUGCUUUUUCUUCAUUCAUCCCAACUCACAGUGCCACAUUCAUUCAUCUUGUGAACAAAAUCUACUGCAGAAAGUUGUACAGGCUUAGUGAUCUCUCAUUUCAUUGUUUAUCUGUAAAAAUCUGUUUGUCCGUAUUGUAGUGGCACUGCUACUUAUGCAUCUGUCAUGGUCACUUUCUGAUUGAGAAUGAAUUAAUCUUUUUAAUUAAUUUAGACCUCAACAAAGCACUGAUGAUCAUAAUCGGUUGCAGAAGGCUGAAGUUUCUCGACAGCUUUUGGUUUGCAUGCCUAAUAUUCAUGAAUUUCUGAAAAACGCAAAUAGCAAGCUUCACAGAGGACCUGCUUGCGUCCCUGUGCAUUUAAUUACACUGGCUACUAGAUAAUUUGAUAAGUUUUUGUAAAACAAAUGCAUACAGUAUGUCUGACGGAGCCCUGCGUGCCCACAAGAAUGUAUUCAUGCUUCUUGACUGGCGAAUUGACCAUUGCAGCUUUUCUAUCAGGGUUUAGCUAAGCUGUUACAUUGGUACCAGUUUCCUACCUAUUGAUGAGUAUUAGGGUGCUACAGCGGAUACCUAUGCUGGUACCUUGAAACGUGUACGAAAAUGCCAUAGAUGGUGCCCUGUAGCCUAUAAUACCUGUAUGUCUUCUGAAACCCUAUGCUCAAAUGGCGUAGCCUAAACGCACAAAUAUCAACACACACUGCUAGAAGACAGUUUUCAGUUGUGUGGCUCUGUUUUAGGGCUUCGAAAUCCCUAAAAAGAGCUCUUAAAAGUUGUACCAAUUGCUUUUUCUGCUAUUUUAAAGGAGAUUUCUUCUUCAGCAGACUGAGGUCUUCGAGAAUGCAUUCAGUGAAGCAGAACCUUGGCGCGAUCAGAACGCGAGCCUCUUUUUUUAUCACUAUAACUGCAGCUAGGCAUUCUCUCUUAGAGUGUGACCAAUCCCUUGCCAAUCGAAGUGUUCAUACAGAGUGCUCAUUGCCAAAGCUGCCCAAGUCAGAACUGUGCUUCUGAUGGGAAAUGCACAAUUAGCGUCAGGCUGCCAUGCAAGUUUUCAGGUAGACUUCCAUGUAAACAGGGAUAUACUUUUCUUCUACCUGCAGCUCUAGUGCAGGUCUAUGUGACGUCGAAUAUGCUGUGCGGUCCACUGUUAAAGGAACACCAAAAGUGAAAAAGCACUUUUAGACAUAUAUUUAGUACUUCCACAUUACUGGAAAUCUUGCUCUUACUGUGAAAUGUCAUGCAUAUUUUGUAAACCACUCUUCUACAUUACCAGAAAUCCUGCUCUUUCUGGAGAACGAUGUGUGUUGCCAAGACAAAGAUAGAUGGCAUUGCUUUUUUGAAAGUCUUGUACUAGCUUUUCAAAACACCAGUUUUUUUGAUAGACUGAUUGAUUAUCUAUCAGUAAAGAAAAAUAUAUUGUAUUGUGUUCUAUACAAGUAAGCCUUAAAUAAGGCAAGGUUGCAAAGUUGUCGACGAUUCAGUUACCCGAAAUGAGAAUGAAAGCUUUAAAAACUAUGAUGUAACAAUGGCGAGAUCCCAUGAUAUAACAGUGACGAGAUCUUCGCUCUAUAUCUCGAAAGUGAACUUCAAUAUUGUGCUUUUCUUUAAUCAAUCAACCUAUUGCAAAUGUAAUGGCGAUAAUCGUUCCAAGUAUAAAUCUUUAUCGGUCUAAGCCUCUGUAUUGCCUUUAGUGUCCUUUUAAAGGGAUCGCCAACUAGCGGUGGUUGGCUGCUAAUUUAUAAUCUGAAAAAGUGUUUAAUCUGCUGAAUCACAUUUUGAUAUACUCAAAAUGCUGAAGUUCUUUCUUGUGUGCUUUCCUUGAUGUGUGUCCCUACUCAGAAACUCCACAUGGUAUGUGAAAAUUAUUAUAGAACUCUCAAUAAUGGUGCCCCUCACUUCUCUACGAGUUUUUUUGUGUACAAGUGUGAACCAUUGAUGAUUUGAUUGAUAUAUGGGGUUUAAUAUCCAAGUGUGAAUCAUUAAGCCAAUCAGUGAAUCAAUGCUUUAGGAGUGGACCGUACUCUGCCUGUCUGAGAAUCCAGUGUGAGGCUCCAGAUGUCAGUGCCAGGGACGUUUAACACUUCGUCAGCUUGUUUUAAUCCCCGAGUGUCACAGGUUUGUUGAUGCAAUGCAGAUAGAAUGAGCCUGUGCUUUGCUCAUUGCGAGAGUAGGUUCUUCGGUGCAGUUGACUUGUGCAUAACGAGUACCUCAAGCCAUUCAAGAGGGAAAUUUUUUGAGAGCACCUCUUCACUGAGAAGCCCUGUCGACUUGAGAGGUACUAACCUUGCUGAAACAUUUCUACUUGCAGUUAUGGCAGGCCAUGGAACAUAGAGCGUCGCUAGUAUGUAGAGCCAAUGUUUUCAGCAAGAGCAGUUCAGGAGAAUGACGUAGUUCUUGCUGUAUGACAUUGGGUGCGAACAUGAGACAAUCGUCGGUGACACUUUUUUGCUGCAUUUUUGUGUCAUAUCAGCGGCAAUUAUGUUAUACAAGACUUGUCUGCCUUGGGACGAGAUUGAGGCUACUGCUCUUACAAAGCGUAGCAAGCUCAGAGCAGCCGUCUUGCUGAAAUUUUGAGCAGCCUCCUUCCUGCCCACAUGCUGGCUCCAGGGACAUUUUCCGUUCAGCAUUUUUCUUCAUCACUUGAAAGGUUCUCCAGCUAUAUGACAAAUUUGUGGAAUGAUCAGGCUUCAUUUAGAUUUGUUUUGGUGGUCACUGAAGAUUCUCAGCACUUAGCCACAUCUGGCAUGCCGGCUGUUCGUUUUGGAAUAGAUUAUGGUGGACAGUUUGCCUUAGAGAAGACCAGGUAGCUUUCAUGCACUCAAGUUUUUCACAAUUCCUGCUCAGGAGAGCAUUGUAUAAUGUGAGUAGGUUCCCGUUUACAUUGAACGCUACGGUUAUGUUGUUUUGCGACGCUGGCUGCAACUUCCCAUUUUUUUUCUUCUAGUAGCGUACCCCUCAAGAUCAACAGUGCAGUUUCGUGCAAUUUGGGUGUAAAACUGUAACUGAACCCGAGUCGGGUGCCUCAGAGUGUCCAGGGUGUGGUUCUGUGCAAUGAAAGCUGUGGUGUUUCUUGUACCAUUGUUACAGGUGGUACUAACAAGAGUGUUAGGCUGCAUGGCAGCCAUCUUGAACUGUUGGUACAGAGGUGGCACAACUUUGCACCAUGAAUGCUGCAGUGUAAUGGCCACAAUGGAAAGGACGAGUUAGUUGUAUGGAUAAACUUGGCAUUACACAAGUGCUUUAGAUUCGUGCCGCUGCACGCAGUAAAUGAGAAUUCAUUCGUACGAAUCAUCCUGAGCUAGUGUGCACCCAAUUUGUUUCGACUCGAAUGGUCUGUUCACAAUGCCAGUCAAGCAUGCCGAGAGUGUGUGGCUGAAAAGCCAAGUGGCCAUCAUCAUGCUGUGCUGUUGAAAGUACACGUGAUUGUUUCUUCAUGUUGAGUUUUGGCACCAUAGUUUUCUGUAGUUGCUGUGAUAUCUUUGCACACUGACGCUUGUAGCACUCAUGCUCAAUCACGGUAUGUCUUCAAAGGCUGCUUUUAGAACUGUGACGUCGUGUGAACUUGCGUUCACGUCAAAACCAGUAAGGUGUACAUUGCAUGUCGCACUCAGAUAAAGUGCUGCUUUGCAGUUUUUCUAGAUGGCUGUUCUAUUCUUGCUUUAAGUGGCUGAACUUCUGCGGAAGCAGUUUGCUAAAAGGGAUACGCUAGUGCCAUGUGGAAGGCAAAUUCAAUAUAGCUGUGAUACAGCAGUCAUUGAUGUAUGGAGUCAUCGGAUAGAGUGAAAAUAUCUCUCUCUUGUGCUUAUAACAAUCGUCGUGUAUAACGAAGACUUCUUUAUGCUGAAUACUAUUUCAUUAUGAGUUUUUGCUGCAUUGCAUACAUUGUGCUUGUGCAGCGAUUGCUGCAUGCGCUCUCAGCGAACUUGACUGGUUAUGCUUAUGAUGACUUAAAUGUAGAAUUUAUAUUGCAGAAGCUAAGGAGACUCACAAAAUAUUGGUCGAGACAACAGCAUGUUUGCUCGGAUUUUGUAAUGCCCUUGAAAAAGAGUGAUUUGACCUGUCAUAACGUCUAGUGCGCAAGACAAGCAAAGUCUCACUAUAAUAUUUUGAUAAUCAUGCUUGCUAGCUGCCGUGAGUACGUACCACGUGAUGGUUACCAUGCAGUGAAGACAUAUUCAGCUAUCAUUAGCAGUCAGGUACUGUUUUGCAAAAAUUUUUGUACUUGAAACAGGCCUGCUUGUCAUUUAAGCCUUAUGGUACAUUCCAGGGGCGUGACAAAGCCAUGGAUUGCUGGCACAUAUUGUUUGCACAAUCUUUACACGAACAUUAUGCUUGCACUGACAGGCUUUGGUAAGGUUUGCUUACCUAUUAACUCAUUUUGGCAAGCUGUGGAACCCCUUGAAUAGACCUAGAUGGUGACGGUUGACCUCACUGAAUUCUCGAGGAUAUUUUGCACAACAAUUAGUGGACUUGCCACUCUUGCUCUUUAUCUUUGUUCUAACUGCGAUCAUAAAGCACUCUUUGCUUGACAGAUGUUAAAGAGUGCCUGUAAAAUACCCUGAGUGCACCAAACGCUGGUCUCUUGGUUUUCGUAAGAUGCAUGGACUCGCCACAGAGACAGACAGACUCGUUUUCAAGGGCAAGUCGGGCUAUGCAAUAAAGAAAAUGUUAGUUUUGUAUAGUGAAAUGUUUUUUGUUGAAAAAUUAUGCUUUUAUUAGUUGGUUGAUUCGUCACAGUCAGACAAAAUCUUGGAAAGUUCUCUGGCUGUUAGGUAAGAUGAUCUUGUUUGUUUCUGCGAGCUCACCACAUGCGGGCACCGUUGCAGCUGGAAGCAAUCAAAAGAGUUGAGGGCCACGUGACAGCCGUGCGCUUGUUUCUGCGGGCGGCUGGCUGCUUGAACGGCCCCGUAUGUCCACUGGUGGAGUUUUUGUUGAGGGUUCUAGUCAAGCAUCCUUGGAAUGAGAGCGAGGAAGAUAAAAGGCCGACGGGGCCGUAGUGAGGCAUGGCAAAUGCAGGCGCACCCCGCACGCGGGUCUCUGUUUGUUGAGUUUUGUUUGUUUGCUCCCCCCCCCAACAUGUUUUAUUUUUCUUUGUUGUCUUUUUCCAGCAAUUUUUGACUGGACUUUGUACCUGUUGCUGUUGAGAUAGCCAAUAAAACCUUUUUGCAUCUCCAUCAA